AAGCAAAAAAGGGGUGAGAAAAAGUGGGGGACACAAAAAAAAGGGGGGAAAGGGGGAGAAAACGGGGAAAAAGCGAGAGAAGAAAAGGGGGGGGGGUGUGUAAAAGUGAGGUUUUUGUUAAGCCCUAGACACUUUGAAAGUAGAAGUGUGUGUAUAAUUUUUGAGUGUGAGAGUGGGCAAAGGCAAGGCGGGAGACUGUGUUCGGAGGGAAUAGGGUUAGUAAGAAGAUGGCGAAGGAGGUGAAUGAAGAGAAGCAAGGAAUGGAAGCCAAGAUUGAAGCAGCUGUGCGCUCUCGUCUUCAGCAUGUCAAAGAAAAUGCCGACUCCUUUACUUUGGAGAGGGUGCGUAGACUGAUAGAGGAAGACUUGAAGCUUGAAAAGUAUGCUCUUGAUGUGCAUAAAAAAUUCAUUAAGCAGUUUUUGGAGAAGCUAAUGGAGAAUGCUGAGGAUGAUGGUGUCUCGAAGGAUUCACAGGAAAAUUUGGAAAAAGACGCUUCGUCGACUAAACAAGAGAAAGAAGUGCUCGAGUCCCCUAAAAAGCAAGUGAUAAAGAAAGAGAUCAAAGAGCUAGCAUUUGAUGACGCAGAAAUGGAUGGUUCUCCUAUAAUGGGUGUUAUGAGCUCCAAAUCAGAGUCAGUGGAUGCCCAAGGUUUAAAGGCAAGUGAGAGCUCAAUAAAGAAGGCCAUCUGGGAGAGAGCUGCUCACUUCAGAGCUAAUUCCGAGUCAAUAACUCUGGCUGGUGUUCGUCGACUUCUGGAAGAAGAUCUUGGUCUUGAGAAAAAUACUCUUGAUGCCUUUAAGAAGUUUAUUCAUAAUCAAAUAGAUGAGGUGUUAGCAUCUUCUGAAGCUCCUAAAUCUAGCAGUGUUAAGAAAAGCCCUGAAAAAAAAAGUAAAAUAGCAAAGAAGAGUGGUGAAAACUCUGAUUCAUUUAGCAGCCGAGGUAAAAAUAUAACAGAAAAAGUUAAAUCAGGAAAGAGAUCUGCCGCAAUAGAAACAGUUGAGAAAGCUGAAGGACUGAAGAAACAGAAAAAACCUAAUUCAGAGGAUAAUGUCCCCGCCAAAAAGCGGAAAGAAGUUUCUAAAAAGCUGUCAGAUGAAAAUAGUGAUGGAGACACCGAUAAGAUUGAUUCUGAAGAUGGUGAAUCUGGAUCUUCUGCUGAAGUACCUGCCAAGAAGAAAGUUGUAAAGGGAGCAUCAGCUAAUGCUGGAUAUGGAAAACGUGUGGAACAUCUGAAAUCAAUCUUCAAAGCUUGUGGGAUGAGUGUUGCUCCUUCCAUUUAUAAGAGAGCAAAGCAGGUAUCUGAUGACAAGCGUGAGGGCUUCCUGAUAAAGGAGUUGGAAAAGAUACUUGCUGCAGAAGGGCUAUCAACGAACCCCACUGAGAAAGAAAUCAAAGAAGUCAAAAAGAAAAAGGAAAGAGCGAAAGAAUUGGAAGGCAUUGACUUAAGCAACAUUGUUUCAAAUACACGAAGGAGAUCAACGAGCAGCUUUGUGGCUCCUCCGAGAUCCAAGUCACCUCCUAAAAAAGAUAAGAAUGAUGACAAAGAUGGUGAUAGCAACGGCGAUGAUGUAAGUGAUGACGACAAAGACGAUGAUGACAGUGAAGAUGAUGAGAGCAGUCAGAGUGAGGAGUUCAAUGAAGAUGAUAACAAGGACAGUGAAUGAAGCUCUGAUGAGUGAAGAUUAUAAGUUACAGAUUGGGGAUGAUCUUUCCAAUGUAUCAAGUCUCAGUUUCUCAACUUAGAUUUUGGAGCUGAAAUUUAGUGUAUUUUAAGAAGAGUAUAUAUAUAAGAGAUGUGAUAUUUAGCUUGAAUUAAAUUAGCGGUGAUGGAUAUUAAAUACCAUAGUUGUUAUUUAUUGAACGAUUUUGUGCAUGGAACACAUCUUUGCUUGUGCAUUGUAGAAGGUGAUAAUUGCUAUGUUUGUGCUGGUAGCAGUGCUUUUAAAGGCUUCUUGACACAAA